CCUCGAGCUAUUGAAUACAUUAUGUCUUGGGGAAAGUCAAUCGCACUCUGUGCUUAUUCAGUGCUUGCAGCUUUCCUUAUAGGUGGGCAUAACGCACUUAUCUCCAUCGAUCUCACAUCCACUAAACAUCAAUUAAUAUUUCCGAAAUAUAAGUGUCCAACACACUAAUUACGGCCCUACGAGGUUUACGAUGCCGUCCAAAGGGGCUGCCCUGGAAGGAGUUCUUUAUACUCGCUUUCGUUCGGUCAUCCUUACGAUAUAAUUCUCAGACGUGGACACGGUAAUACACCCCACUCAAUCCCGUAUCUUUCCCGAUAAUCUGUUGAUCGCCCUCAAGCUCUCAGCCGCCAACAACCUCUAAGAUAUACGAGAACUUUGUUGCAAAACGCAAUAUCUCAAAGGCUAUCGACCUUAGCGAUGAUGGAGUCAAAAUCAUGUGGCUUUCCGAAUUUAAGCUCGGACAGGGGAGAUGUAUGGUAUAUUUUCACGGAGGGUCUUACGUAAAUUCUGCAUAUCCUGGCCAUAUGAAGAUGCUACAGUCCCAGGUGGACAGAUGUAAGCCCAACCUGGCAGUGGCCGUCGUAGAAUAUACACUCGCGACAAAAGAACAUUACCCAUUCCAGCUACAGCAGGCAGUAUCUGCAAUUCACCAUUUAUUGCGAGUGAAGCAAAUCAAACCAUCGGAGAUUAUUCUUGCUGGAGACUCAGCUGGGGGCAACCUCGUCGCUGCAGUCCUUCUCCAUUCAUCCCUGCCGCAUCCCACGGUGACUCCGCUGGACUUGGGAGAAGACGCCUUUGCUGUGGCGUUUUUAAUCUCACCGUGGGUGACGUUUGAUGUUAACGUUUUAGAGACCCGAAAUUUAUAUGGCGACUAUAUAAAUCCUAAGGCGUUGUCCCGAGCUGCAUUGGACUUCACCAAUGGUAAAGAAGAUUGCUAUAGUACACCAUUGAAAGCCUCGUCAGUGUUAUGGAAAGGGAUCAGGACGAAGGAUACAGCUAUUAUUGCAGGAGAGCAUGAGCUUAUGCUGAAUGAUAUUGUGCAUUUUGCAGACAAUCUCAAGCUCUACAUUGCUGCCAAUGAAGCCCAUGUUCAAAUGGUUCUUAAUCGGACAUUGAAUCUAGCUAAAUCGGAGUCCGAGAAAUACUUCGAGAGAUGGUUAGAUGAAGAGCUUCAAAGGUAG